AUGUGCGUAAAGAGCCGCCUAUGCUGGACGCAAACUGCUCUGCCCAGCGGGCGCCGUCGCGUUUGCUGCGCUCCUCUCCAAGAAGGAUAACAAGGCUCAUCAUGCAACACAUCCCCGACCUCGUUCCCUAAAUGUGACAAUUAGAACAUCUUUUCCCCUCGACCAGCCUCUGGUCUCCUCUUCUCUUUUUCAUUUUCCCCUCCUUCGCGCGAGUGUGCGUGGAUUGUGUUCAUCUUGAACAUGCCAGCGUUGUAGCCCCCUGCGUUGCGUUGGCGCUGCGGAUCUAGCCGACAAGAACAAGAGCCAGCUCACAGCCGUGGAAACAAGCGAAUCAAUUUAGGGAAGAGACGAGGAGAGACAGAUAGCGAGGUUGGGGGAGAGGGGAGAAGAAAGGCGAUCGCAGAGGGGAAAGAGAACAUAGACAUUACGACGCAGCCGCCGAUCAUCAAGAAAGAAGCAACAACGUUCCAAGUGACAAGGCAGUCUCGAGCAAAUCUACUCCUUAAUUUGAUAGGUAACCGUCAUGGAAGCAAACAUACAAAACAUCCUAUAAUGAAAUGCUGAAAAGAAAAUCAAGGUAUUGGGCUAUCAAAGUCAUUUGUUAAGCUUUAAAUGAUAACCCCUCCUAAAAAGAACAUUCCAGUUUUCUCCCUGAUUUUUAAAGUGACCUCUUGACUAAGGAAAACACAGAUGAAAAGAUUAAACAUGAACAUGAAGAUAAACACUUAAAUUCCCCUUGUUGGAGGAAGCUUAUCAGCAUCAUAGCAAUAGGGGUGGGUCAUGAAUCAGUUGCCAUGCGUAUUGUCAUGGUGACCAGCCCCUGCACCCCUUUCCCCGUCCUCUGGUUGGUCCAGUUUUUGUUGUGGUUUCACAACCAUGGACCUCAGCCGACAGAGGCAAUACCCCCAUGCCCCACCCCAUGUACCUGCUCCAAUCAGGCGAGCCGUGUCAUCUGUACAAGAAAGAGUUUGGAUCAAGUCCCAAACAGCAUUUCAGACAACACAAGAUACCUCAACCUACAAGAGAAUUCAAUUCAGGUGAUUAAGUCUGACACGUUUAGGCAUCUACGGCAUUUGGAAAUUCUCCAGCUCUCCAAGAACCACAUCCGACAGAUUGAGGUGGGAGCUUUCAAUGGUCUACCCAACCUCAACACACUGGAGCUUUUUGACAACCGUCUUACAGUGGUACCAACACAAGCUUUUGAUUACCUCAGCAAGCUAAGGGAAUUAUGGUUACGAAACAACCCCAUCGAGACACUGCCGGCUUUUGCCUUCAAUCGUAUUCCCUCUUUACGACGUCUUGAUCUAGGGGAACUCAGAAAGUUGGACUUCAUCUCAGAGGCAGCCUUUGAAGGCCUGGAAAAUUUGCGCUUUUUGAAUCUUGGCAUGUGUGGCUUAAAGGACAUCCCCAACCUUGCUCCACUGGUGCGACUAGAAGAGUUGGAGCUGUCAGGUAACCAGCUUGGGAUUGUCCGGCCCGGAUCAUUUCAGGGCCUCGUGUCACUUCGAAAGCUGUGGCUGAUGCACUCCAAAGUGUCAGUCAUCGAACGCAAUGCUUUUGAUGACCUCAAGAUCUUGGAAGAGCUGAACCUUUCCCACAAUUCCCUGCAUUCCCUGCCUCAUGAUCUCUUCACCCCAUUGCACCAGUUAGAGAGGGUACAUCUCAACCAUAAUCCUUGGGUUUGCAAUUGUGAUGUGCUGUGGCUCAGCUGGUGGCUAAAAGAAACAGUUCCCAGUAACACCACAUGUUGUGCACGGUGCCAUGCACCCCCAGGUUUGAAAGGCAAAUACAUUGGGGAACUAGACCAGACACACUUUACCUGCUAUGCCCCAGUAAUUGUCGAACCACCCACUGACCUCAAUGUCACCGAAGGCAUGGCUGCUGAGCUGAAGUGUCGUACUGGAACUUCCAUGACCUCUGUGAACUGGUUCACCCCAAAUGGCACGCUGAUGACUCAUGGAUCAUACAGAGUUAGGAUCUCAGUGCUUCAUGACGGAACACUGAACUUCACAAAUGUGACCGUGCAGGACACUGGUCAGUACACUUGUAUGGUAACCAACUCUGCUGGAAACACUACUGCAACUGCCGUGCUUAAUGUGUCUGCUUCUGAUUCAAGCAACGGCUACAGCUAUUUCACUACGGUCACUGUCGAAACAGUGGAAACAGUUAGAGGAGAGGAUACAAAGUCGGCAGGACAGUACGUAAACGAGACCUACAUAGAGUUCCCUAAUCCUACUGUCCGAAGAGAGUUGGAUGGGCGGCCUGGCACCACCAUAUCACCUUCUCUCUCUUCUCUCUCUUCUCUGUCAUCAAAAGCUAACAAGGCUGACAACUCAGUGACUUCAGUAAUUGAUGUAACCAACAUUCCAGGCCUGGAUGAUGUAAUGAAAACAACUAAAAUCAUCAUUGGGUGCUUUGUGGCCAUCACUUUUAUGGCAGCUGUAAUGCUGGUUGUUUUCUAUAAACUUCGCAAGCAGCAUCAACUGCACAAGCACCAUGGUCCUGCCAGAGCUAUUGAAAUAGUCAAUGUAGAGGAUGAAAUCGGAGCUGGAGCUGGAAGUGGAAUCUCAGGUGGUUCGACAGUAAAUUCUGGCACUGCUGGAGAAGGAACCCUAAGGAUACAUCACCCAGAAGUAAUCAACCUUCCCAACAUUGGCCGCACAGAUACCCUCAACCACUACUACAAGACACACCAUUUCAAUAACAACGUGAUGGGUCUUAAUAUCGGCAGUGAAGGGAUGAUACCCGGGGGGAUCCUCAGCUCCAAGAACCAGCAUGGCCAAGAUAUUCCCAUCUCCUGUACCUCAGUCCCAAUCUCUACAUCUAAUCUGCUGAAUACUUCAGGCAAUGGCACCAACUCUAACCCCAGUUCUAUGUCACCACCGCUACCGAUGUCUCUCCCAAUGCCUACCUUGGGUUUACAUGGAUCAAUCAAAGGUUUCAUGGGGCAAAACCAAAACCCCCAAAUGGAACCCUUGCUCUUCAAAGGGAGCUCAAAGGAAAACGUUCAAGAGACCCAGAUAUAAAAGUGAGAGCAUAGAGGGUGAGUGAGAAAGAGUCAAAGACAGAGAGGGAAUUGAUGUUGGGUUUACGUGUGGAAUGAUAAGACACUAGAGUGCAUUGACAUUAAACCAGGAGAGAGGAAAGACUGACACGGCAAUACACGAACACAUAGACUUAUCUGUGAUGGUGUACUGAGCCAAGGAUAACCACAAUGGCCCACUUGUGUUUGUAGGGACGACCAUGGCCAUGGAGAUCAAGGAGUGGACAUUGCUACAAUGUAAAUCUGUGCCAAAGCAAAUGUUUUUUGCAGUUUCAACAAGCUCAUAGGGAAUAAAAGACAAACUAGUUUGUCAGAGUAAAUCAAAUUGUUUUUGGCCAGCAGAGUUGAAAGAUACGCACAGCACUUACCACACUGAAGAGCCGAAAUAAUGCAGGAUAAAAUCUGAGACAUUUUUCUUCCACAAAAAAAAAAAAACAAAAAGAAAAAAAAUACAUGAGAAACAUUGUCUCUCUAAAGUGACUCAAUAGACUCCCUCAAGGUGAAAAUUAUGUAGGCAUAAUAGAUGGACAGAAAGGUACAGUGCAGUACAAACUACUGUGAAAAAUCCACAAAUAAUAUAAAUAUAUUUUCAUCUAAAUAUGUAUCAUUGAAGACUCCGAUGCAGACAUAUUUUGAGAUGGAUGUAUAGGCUGGUAUAGUUUGUUUCUUUGUGAAUAAUCAGGGGCGGUGAUAGCAGAGGUUUGUUAUGAUUUUAAUUUGGCUACUUUUCAGAAACGUAAGGGCUCAAUUGCAACACUCAUUGUGAACCUUUCAAUUGGCUUUGCAACACAAGGUCCAUUUAGUUUGUAGAAUGGUAAGUGCAGAUCUCUGUUUGACAAACUUUUGUCUAUUUUUUCAAUAAUAUUGACUGCAAAUUUUUGUGUUUUGAGAGUGUAUUAUGUAUUUUGUAAAAGCCAGCCAGCCACAUGAUAUUAAGAUAAAAAUGUCUGACACUUAAAUGCCAGCACUAAUAAUGGUGAAGCAGUGUUACUUAAAAACAAGAUGAAAAUCCAAUGCAAUGACCUGUAAGGGUAAAAUAAAAUGUCGACAAUGUGUUAUUUGAAUCUGAUCAGUAGCCACAUACUUGCUUAUAGACAGAAAUUUGAUACAACCUCCUUGCUCAUGGUGACCUUAGUCAUGCCAUAAAAUGCUGCUGUAAGGAUGAUUAGACAUCUCCAGCAGCGUAAAGGAAAGGAAUAAACAUCCAUGUUUGGAUGGUUAGGAUGCGUGAAAAAUGUACAGUAUAUUAAUAAUGAUAAUGUCUGGUUGUACGACAAUUGUAAGAACCACAUUUUUACAUUGUAACUUUCAUAUGUUAAAUGCCAUUUACGCUUCUUGCGUUUCAACUAUGUAUUACUUUAUUUUUGUUAGUUUGAUAUAAUGUGUACAGUUGUCUAGCCAUGUGUCAUUACGUGUGAAAUAAAUCAAUCAUAUAUUGGGUUGUGGCGGGUCAAUAAUGGCAGCAGCCAGUAAGAAGGGAGACAUUAUGUUAUCUUCAACAGCAAACCUGGAUUGUAUGUACAAUUUGUGGUUUAGCCAUUAGUCAUCCUGGUAAUGAUAGGGUCCAUCUGUUUGCUAAAGAUGCUUUGACGAGCUUUUAGUCACUCUUCUAUAGAUGGAUUACUGGUUCUGAGAAAUAAGUGUUAUUUUAUGAAUGUGGUUUAGUCAGAAAUUAGUCACUUUUGUUGUCCACCGGUUAUUAUUUUACGUCAGUGUUAAGAUGGUUUGGAGUUUGAAACAUAUGAAUCCAGAUAAAGGAUUAUGCAGACUUUGAUACAUAGUUAUAUUUAUCAAAAGAGGAAUUUGAUUAAAUGUUUGUUGCAAUUGAGCUCAAACUGAACAUGUGACCACUUGAAUUCAGAGCUCCAUAAACAGUUGUGUGUUUUUCCUUUUUCACCUCUUUCUUGAACCUAGUGUUUUUGGCAAAAGGCUAUACGGGUCCAUGAAUACAGUAUAAUGGGUUUUAUGUAUGUGAUAAAAGUUUGUUAUAUAAAAUGAGCCUAUACUAACUGGACGAAGACAUAAGAAGGAAUAAUGAUAUUUAUGUGUCUAAUA